AUCAUCAUGGCUGCUUCUAGCCCCGUUGCUCACCUCUCCUGUUCCUGUGGUCACAACCCCACCCUGUUCGCUGUGUUCAGAAGGAGCACACAGGUUCCAGUGGAUCAGGAACCUGGUUCCAGAGUUUGGGAUCUCCAGCUCCCAUGUCAAGGUGCUUUCGUCCCCAGCUGAAUUCUAUGAACUCUUGAAGGCGCAGAUCAAAACAGCCAAGCGGCGAGUGGUGAUGGCUUCGCUCUACCUGGGAACGGGGCUCCUGGAGCAGGAGCUGGUGGAUUGCUUAGAAGAAACGCUGGAGAAAUCACUGGAAGCAGAAGGAUCGUCUAACCUCAGGGUUUCCAUCCUCCUUGACUACACCAGGGGUUCUCGGGGCAGGAAGAAUUCUCGAACGAUGCUGGUUCCACUGCUGCAGCGAUUUCCCGAGCAAGUGCGUGUGUCCCUCUUCCACACCCCAAACCUGCGGGGACUUCUCAGGCUCUUGAUCCCAGAGCGUUUUAAUGAGACCAUUGGACUGCAGCACAUCAAGGUCUAUCUCUUUGACGAUAAUGUGAUCCUGAGCGGCGCAAACCUGAGUGAUUUGUACUUCACCAAUCGUCAAGACCGCUAUGUUCUCCUGCAGGACUCUCCUGAGAUUGCAGACUUCUUCACGGAGCUAGUGGAUGCAAUUGGAGAUGUGUCUCUGCAGUUACAGCGGGAUGACACGGUGCAGAUGAUGGAGGGGAUGGUGCACCCCUACCAAGGAGACAAGGUGGCUUACUGUGAGAUAGCAAAUCGGAGAGUCAUGGAGGUGAUCAACUCCGCCAGGACACGGCAGGAGCUCCUGCACGCAGAGACUUUCCACAGCAGCAGCCAGCAGGGCAGCUCCCUGUUAGCCCAGCAAGGCUCUCGAGCGUCCGGGGAGCUGAAACCAGACCCUGACACCUGGAUCUAUCCCUUGAUCCAAAUGAAGCCUUUUGGGAUUCAGAUCGACGAGAUGGUCACAGAGACGCUGCUGACGGAGGCGGAGCGGGACGCCAGGAUCUACCUGACCACCGGCUACUUCAACCUGACGCAGGCGUACAUGGACCUCAUCCUGGGCACCAGGGCCGAGUACCGCAUCCUGCUGGCCUCCCCGGAGGUGAACGGGUUUUUCGGUGCCAAAGGGGUGGCAGGUGCCAUCCCUGCUGCCUAUGUUUACAUUGAACACCAGUUUUACAGCGAGGUCUGCUACCUCCAGCAGCAGCAGAGGGUCCAGCUGCAGGAGUACUCGCGCGCUGGGUGGACGUUCCACGCCAAAG